AUAAUAAUCACUCACCUUCUUUUUGGCAACCUAGGUUACUCCGAUCGUCGCUCGGUUAGAAAAUGUCAAGCCUUCUUUCCACUCGCGUAGGUAUGCGCUGGAUUCCAGGAGAGAAGAAUGAGCCGACGGACACAAUGGUCAUGAACCUGGGCGGCUGGUUCAUUGACCUUCGAAUCGUCAAGGACAACGGGUCGAUCGACUGGGCCAUGGCUGGGCAGAGGCAGACACUAUCAGAAGCACCAUUAACCUUCAAGUGGACUCAUUGGAUCGAUUCUCGAGGAUCCACGGAGCCGGACAUCGGCUGUUUCCAGCCUGGAUCUCUAGCCACCGACAGCAUCGAGACAGGUAGCAUGGUCAACCCCGAAACUGGGCUUUUGACGCCCUAUGAGGAAACCUGGCGGUCUCUGGUCCCGGUCGGCAGAGAAAACUUUCCCAAAGCAUGGAUAUUGCGAAGUGAGGACGGAAAGACCUUUCUAGGGAAGAUUGGAGGUAAUUUUAUUGGCCUCCAAGGCGGAGAAGGCCCCGGCAGUUCUCUGGGUUUCUGUGCGACACGAGAGAGCUGGGACAAAACGCGAAACUCCUGGGCCACAUUGUACCAGACUGGGGAGUGGUCGGGUUUAGAGAGCCUGCCCUGUAUGAGUUCUUACUUUCACGGGGUAAAAGGUCGACUGGAAUGGGAGGGGACAUGUAAAGAUGGCGACACGGUGGAAGCGUUCGGAAAAACUUAUAUCGUCUGUGCUAUCGAAGAGCUCGGCAAAGAUACGACUAACGUCUGAAGGGUCCACAA